UUAGGCCUAUCAAUCAACCCCUAUCAUGUGAAUAUGUUUAGUCUUGCAAAUUUUACGCUUAACAUGUCAAAUUCUCAAUGCUAGGGUGUGUGUUAGAGAUUUUACAUUUGCUAGCAGGGUAUUAGUCUAAUAGAGGGAAUAUAAUUCUACAUUACAGAUUAUUAGUCUUUCUGGAAUGUAAUCUGGAAUGCAAAUUUUCACAUUCCAGAAUGUAAAUUACAUUCUGGAUUAGGGUGCAGGAAGCAAGUCCGAAGGUGCAGGAAGCAAUUCCCAGAAAACAUUUGAUUCCUCGCUGCAUUUUUUCUCACCAACUGGAUCAAAUUCAGAUGGGCCGAUCCAACAAAUUCUGAGCUCAAGCGUAAACGACACUGACCCACACAAUAAACGACGCCGUUUAGGUCUCCGCCUUCCUCUACUCUUUCGCUAUCCCUCUUCUAAACCUCUGACCGAAAAAUGCAGCACAAGUGCACAACCAAUGAAACCUCACAAACUUCCUUCUCCGUCGCUCUCACGUGCGCUCGCACGUGCCCUAAGCUCCGCCACCAUCACCACGCAUUGUGGACCGGCGUUUCCUUCGAAGACCGUUACCACUGCGAACUUCGAACCGUCGCUGGCGGAGCUCCGGCACCACGUCCGGUGUUCGGACUUCGUGGCCAUCGACCUCGAGAUGACCGGCGUGACGAGCGCUCCGUGGCGCGAGUCCUUGGCGUUCGACCGCUCCGACGUGCGGUACCUGAAGGUCCGUGACUCCGCCGCCAAGUUCGCCGUCGUUCAGUUCGGCGUUUGCCCCUUCCGUUGGGAUCCCUCCAACCACUCCUUCGUUGCGCAUCCGCACAAUUUCUAUGUUUUUCCUCGACAAGAGAUUGCAGGUUUGGGUCCAUGUGAUGAAUUUCUCUGCCAGACCACUUCAAUGGAUUUCUUGGCUAAAUACCAGUUUGAUUUUAAUGCUUGCAUACAUGAAGGAAUAUCUUAUUUAUCCAGAGAACAAGAAAGGGAAGCAUUAAGGAGUUUGAAUUCUACAUAUGAUAAUAGUGAGUGGUCAGACAUUGGUAAAUUAAAAAAUGUUAGGGACAUACCACUGCUCAGCACGGCGGACAUUUUGUUCACUGCAAGAAUGAAAAAUAAAUUCGGUGAAUGGCGUGAUGGGUUAUUUCAGGAGCAAAAUCAAGAAGACCAAAUUCAAGGAAUUUCAAAAGACUCAAAAUUUCAAGUGACUUUUUUUGAGAUGCAUCCAGCUCUUAGGCUUAAUGGAUUCACGUCUCACCAGCUUAAAUUGAUUCAGUUGGUAAUCAGAAAACACUUCAAAGAUCUAUCAUAUGUCAGUGUGAACAGUGAGACUUCUGGUUCACAACAAUUAGUUGUAUAUACAGACUCAAAGGAUGAAUUAAACUUACUUCUGAAGAAGGUGAAAGAAGAAAAUCACAGGGCAGAAGAGAAGAAGAUCCAAGCUGCCGUGGGAUUUCGCCAUGUUAUUGAUCUCCUUUCAUCAGAACAGAAGUUGAUAGUUGGUUACAAUUGUUUUUUAGAUAUUGCUCAUGUCUACAGCAAAUUUAUUGGCCCUCUUCCGGGGAGUCCUGAUGAGUUUGUCGCCUCUGUUAACAAGUGCUUUCCACACAUUGUUGACACCAUUAUACUCCUGAACACUAAUUUGAUGUUCCAAGAAAAGAUGAAAAGGUCCAGAAAAUCACUGGCCUCUGCAUUCACUUUAUUUUGUCCACAAAUUGCGGCUGGCUCCAGAAGCACUGAUCUAGGUUCACUGUCACAUGUGAAAGUGGAUGUUGAGGUUGAUGGUUCGAGAUCAUGCAGCUGGAACCCUGGAGGCAAGCAUGAGGCAGGAUAUGAUGCCUUCAUGACUGGAUGCAUCUUUGCCCAGUUAUGCAGUGAUUUAGGUAUUGAUUUUAAACUCCGUGAUUCUUCAAACCAAUUAGCCCUCAAUGAGAAACUGCAGAAGUACGUUAAUCGUCUAUAUCUUAGUUGGAUACACGGGGACAUCAUUGAUCUAAAUACUGGUAAUAAGGUUGCAGAUUCUUCACCCAGUCAUAGCCUGAAGAAGCGGUACCCAACAAUUUUGUUUGAGAACAUUGUUAUUAUUUGGGGAUUUCCUUCUAAGCUGAAGGCAAAUGAAGUAAGAGAGUGCAUAUCUAAAGUAUUUGGACCAACUUCUGUAGUUUCUGUCUUCCACUUGGAUGCAACUGCAGCAUUCGUUCAGUUUAGCAAAACUGAAUUAGUUUCUGAUUUUCUAUUAGUGAAGGAUUCCUUAGAGAGAAGUGAUGGUGCAAUCUCGGUUUUGCAUCCACUGUCAAAACUUUUGGAAGGUGGAAAUACAUGUGCUGCCAAUUAUGAUACUUACAACGAAAUAUGUGGUUCACCCUUAUCAGAAGGUCUGUUUGCUGAUCAGGCAAAGAAAGUUGGUAUAAAGUGGAAGACCAAAUUAACAGAAUGCAAGGUAGCAUCCAGGGGUGAAGAACAUGAAAAUCCAAGUUUACAAGCUAAUGAUGUAAAUACAGCUAUGAAGAAUGUAGAAAAGACCAAGCCAAACACAAUUGAUCAGUUAGGAAAUGCUUCAUCUCGUGGACAAGUCUCAACUUUUGAAAUUGAAGAUUCUUCUCGUGUUGCAGAAGCCAACUUGUGAUUUCUGACUAAUGAUUUGUACACGGUCAGAAUGAAGAUGUAAUAUUAUAUUAAAUUAAAUUUUUUGAAGCAACCUGUACUUUGGGCUGAUAUUGUGCGAAUUUAGAAAAUGUAGCAGUCUGAGAAGCAGAAGGGCAUGAAAUAUUGAUGCCACUUACAAAUUUUCUGUGAUAUAGUUUUACAUCUACGAAAUAUCCAUACUUGAUAACCCAGCGUAGAUUUCCACCUGUGUGUCUAGGUAGGAUAAAUGUAAUGGCCUUGUUCUGGCGAAUAAAGGGUGACUUCCAACUCUCAA